AUGAAGCGUAGCCCAAAAGAAAGUGAACUUCCAGAGUUCUAUCAUGCUGGCCUUCUCGAAAAGUUUGUGCAAAUACUUUUGAACAAAAAGUUAAUUGUUGACAAUUCAAUUCCAGUGAGGGAAGAUAUCGGAUCGCAGUACUUAAAUUUGGAUGAAAAUGGUAAGCGGAAAAGUCAUGUUGUAAUAACAUUAGAAGGAAGUGGUGCGGAGAAGCAAGAUUUCAAAUUCAAUCUUAUCCAACUCAAUUCUUUGGUGUUGUCGGAAUAA